GAAGUAGCCGCCAGAGUGGCGAUGCGGGAAAGAGUAAGAGAGAGAGCAAUGAGGAAAGAAAAAGAGAGAUGGAAAAAUGCCGCGAUAAGCCAGUAGAACGACGCGUGCAAAAGUUUUAUGAGAAAUUUUGCCUCUGAAUCUGUACAGAUACUACUCGCGCGAGUUUCGUCGGAAAAAAAAAAGAAAAUAGAAAUAGAAUUUUGUUUCUGGAUUGAAAUCGUGCGUGAAUAAAUUCUGAUAUUAUAUCAGAGGGAUAUAUUUGUCGAGUAUUAAGUAUUCCGGUGUUAUCGUUUGGUAAUUUUUCGGUAACAUAGAACCCACGGUGGAAUAUAUACAGCAGCGAGAUUGCCGCGGACCCCAGAGAACAACGACGCUAUGGCGUCCAUGGAGUGUGUGUGUGUGUCAUUAUUUUUUAUUUUACCCAAUUAAACGACUAAUUAAGACGACUCGAAACGUUCACGGUUGUGUGCGUUGAGAUUCAUGAACGACGAAGCGAUCACACGAUUCUUCGACCCGAAAGGCAUGUUGUUCGCUCGGACCGAAGAUCGUUCCUUUAACGAAACAACAAUGUGAGAUUUGAGAAUCAUAGAGAAAGCACAAAAUUAAGAGCAAAACAUAAGAAGCAGACAAAAUUCUGCAAGUUUUUACAAUAUUGGAGCAGGUGUUUCAUUUGUGAAAUAAACAUUUAGCAUUAUGGAUUAUGAAUCAAUGUAGCCAAACUGUCAUAAGCUGAAUGGUUGGUUGCAAAACAUGUCAAACAGUUUAGAUAGUUUCCUAACAAGAAUUGGCGACGUAAUUAUUGAACGUGUGACACCGCGAGGUAGUCCAAGAUCAGGAGAUCAACUAGUUGAGCCAAUAGAGACACAAAAUAAUACGACGAUCAACGAUUUAGGCUCGCAAACAGCCAACGAUGAUAGCUCGGAUUUAUCGAGCGUCGAAUCGACGGAUGUCGAGCGUGAGAAGAAAAUCGAGACUGUUCAACCGGAUGAUAUUGAAGAGGUGCGCUCUGAGGGAUCAGGCGACGACAUGGAUUUGGACGAAACGAUAGACACACAAAUCGGCGUCAGAAUGGAGUCUGAGAGGCAGCAUUCGCGACCGUCUUCUCCGGAUGAUGAUGCGGAACCUGUUAAUAUUUUGGAUACAUUGCCGUUGGAAGGUGCCCCAAUCGAGGGACAAGAGGUGACAGAGGCGGAUCUUCUUGGUCAACCGUUGAAGGAUGACGAUAGCGAGAGCAUCGAUAAUGACAAAUCCGAAAGUAUGUCGGGGGGUGAGGAAGACGUCGACGGUAACAAGCGACGUCUUGAUCAAGAUGCGGAAACAACAACGAAGAAGAAACAGAAAAGGGAGGAUGGAAAUGACGAUUCGGAGUGCGAGACAAAAGCGGAAAAAAAAUUGGCAAACAUGAGGCGAAACAUACGAGAAGUAAUGGAUGAGACGCAGCUAGACGAGGCGACGUUGUCGGCUCAGCGACAGGAAAUGGAGCGUUUACGACGGGUUCAGGAACAACAGAGAAUAAUACGUGAGGUACAGCGUCAGAUAGCUAUUAAUCGACAAAAUAACAAAACCCAGACGCGGGUAAUAAGUCUACUUCAGGGAAAACAGAAUCAGGGUAACACGACGAUAUCUGAAAGUACGUGUACAUCUUCGUCGUCGCAGGUACGAGUACCCAGUAGCGUAAUGCUAAAGGUAAAUUCAUCGUCGGGGACGGGAACACAAACGAGUUCGGGGAUGCAAGGAGGACAAAUGGGAAGGCGUCCGAUUGAGGGUAUGCGUUGGCAGAAAGGGCGAGGAGGGAUAAGUCAAUCGGGUUCGCAGACUUCGAUAUCGCGCGUACCGAAUCGCGUUACACCGCAGAAUGUUCUACAGCAGAGAAUUCGUAUGAUGACCCCGUCCGUGAGUAUUUCACCGGUAGUACCGAAAAAAGAGCCGCUCGAUCAUCCCGAUUAUUACUCGGACUCGGAGCUUUCGGACAUGGAAGGUGACGAAGCAGCGUUGUUGCACGAUAAACAGAUGCACACAGUAAGAAAAGCCUCGGGGAUGCCAAAACCUGGCAAACCGGCAAAGGGUAAAGACGUCGUGACCAUAUCAAGUUCGAGCGAGAGUUCCGACGACGAUUGUAUUGUACUGAGCGACCCUAGCGGUGGCGAAGAGACCGAUAACGAGGAUGAUCCUUCGAACUCGGGUAUGCAUACGAACGAUCGAUACAAUUUGCCCGAUGAGCACGGUCGCGUAUUAAUAAACGUUGGUCAUCCUGACACCGAGCCCGACGUUUAUCUUGCACCCCAGGUCGCUCGUAUUAUAAAACCACAUCAGAUUGGCGGCAUACGAUUUCUCUUUGACAAUAUCGUCGAGAGCAUCGAGAGGUACAAGAAUAGUUCUGGCUUCGGUUGCAUACUCGCUCACAGUAUGGGUCUCGGUAAAACCCUUCAAGUUGCCAGUUUUUGUGACAUAUUUUUUCGAUGUACCACGGCUAAAACGGUCCUUUGUAUCAUGCCGAUAAAUACUCUACAAAAUUGGCUUGCCGAGUUCAACAUGUGGUUACCAUACGAAGAUCCAGCUUUAGCGUUUAAAGAGACUAAAAAUAAUGUUGUAACCGGUGUAAAAGCCGAAUCCACGACUGACGGUAAACAGGAAAUAAAAGAGGAGAUCGGCAGCCAGACUGAUAUUUCCAACAUGUCCAGGCCUAUAAGUACAGAAUCAGCUCAUCGUUUGGGACACGAAGGUAUUCAGCAUCCGCAGCACAUGAUGAGCGAAACUAAUCAAUAUGGCCAUCAACAGUACGAGAAUCACGGUAUGAUGCCCCAUUACGGACAGGAUGGUGUAAUUAACAAAAUUCCUAUGGAUCAGAGUUCUCAUAUGCAUGCGAAUUAUCAUUCUGGAAUAUCCCAAAAUACGAUAUACGGACAAUCGGUACAAGCUUACGAUCCUGUCAAACAAGAAAUUCAUCACCACCAUUCGAUGCCUGGAAGGUCAAUGGCGCAGGUCACGAACUAUCCUAUGGACAAUCGUCAGCCCCAGAGUGGUGAUUUGUAUCCGGGAAUGGAAGCUCGUCAACCUUUGUCAGCAUCCGUUUAUCCGGAUGUGACGAAUCGCAAUAACAGCGGACAAGCGUAUACGUCGGGAAUGCUGCACGGAUCAGCAACAACGCCCAUGUAUCCUGGAUACGAAGGUGGUCCUCCAGGUGGCGGCGGCGGUGGUGGUCAAGUAUAUGGUAAUUAUCCGUCAUCUUCAAUUCCAGCUCCCCCGCAUCACCAGCAAAUGGAGCAUGAAAUAAAGAAAGAAGGAAUUCCUUCGCAAAGCCAAAAUAUGGAUGGGAACAUGCAGCAUAUUAAGAAAGAAGAAAUAGGAUCAAGUACACCCUCAGCUACGAAUAAUACAAUAAAGAAGGAAGAAACUUUGGACGAGAAAAAGCCAGCGACAACGGAAAAAGUAGAAACUCCCGACAGCGUAGAUUCGCCAAUCGGAAUGACACUCAGACCUCGACAUUUCCGUCUUCAUAUUCUAAACGAUUCUCAUAAAACGAUGGCUGCUCGAGCCCGCGUUGUACACGACUGGCAGAAAAACGGCGGUGUCCUUUUGAUCGGCUACGAAUUAUAUCGGCAGCUGUCACUCAAGAAACCGAACAAAGCAAAGAGAAAGAGAAAUCAGCCGUUCAAAGACACCGUCGAUAUCGAGGAGGAAGACAAGAACAAAGGCCUGCUGGACGAUAUGCACAGUGCUCUCGUAAGUCCAGGACCUGAUUUGGUUAUUUGCGACGAAGGUCAUCGAAUAAAAAAUUCUCACGCUAGUAUUAGCAUGGCCUUGAAACAGAUGAAAACCAAAAGAAGAAUCGUUCUCACGGGUUAUCCGUUGCAGAAUAACCUAUUGGAAUAUUGGUGCAUGGUCGAUUUCGUUAGACCUAAUUAUUUAGGUACCAAGAGUGAAUUUUGCAACAUGUUCGAGCGGCCCAUACAAAAUGGACAGUGUAUAGAUUCGACUCCUCAAGAUAUCAGGCUUAUGCGCUACCGAGCUCACGUUCUUCACGCUCUUCUCGAAGGUUUCGUACAGAGGAGAUCUCAUUCCGUUUUGCAAAUAUCGUUGCCGCGCAAAGAGGAGUAUAUUUUACUCGUAAGAAUGACGCCGCAUCAGCGAAAGUUAUACGAUACAUUUAUGAAUCAGGUGGUGAAGACACGCGCGGUACCGAAUCCUCUCAAGGCGUUUGCUGUUUGCUGCAAAAUUUGGAAUCAUCCCGAUAUACUCUAUCAUUUUUUGCGCAAGAGACAGGCCAACGAAGAGGAUGAUUUAGAUCUGGAGGAAACGAUCGGUGAAAAGCCGGCGCCCGGUGGUAAACGUGGAAAAACUCGUCAACCCAAGGGCGAGUCGAAAAAGGGAAAAAAAUUAGCUGCCACGAGUAUCAAGAAUAAACCUGCUGCUAGCGUACCACCGACUUCUUCUUCGUCCUCUAGUAAUGACAAUCUCAACGAAGCAGAAAAUUCACACGGGAAUCUCAGCAUCAAACCCUCCGCACCGUUUACGCCCAAUUAUUCAGCUCAGAUUAACAAUUCCGUUUAUCCUAAUACUCCGCAACAAGCGAACUAUCCUCAAGGUUAUCCAAAUUAUCGGGCAAACGAACAAAAUAAUUAUUAUCGUAACGACGGGAAUCACAGCGAAUAUGGUGAAUUUUACGGCAAUCAGCAGGGACAACCGAGAUAUGGCAAUUCUACUCAGACAUUCCCUAGUCAGACCUAUCCCCAACAGCAAACUCCGGGAUACAGCAGCGCAACGCACAAUUAUCAGAACCAACAAACCUACGUAGGGAAUAAUAAUGACACGUCCGGUGGUAAUCCGAGAUUCACCGUACCCUCUUCACAGACGGUUGAUUUUCGACCACCUGAAACCGGGCCAAAUGGUAAUUACGAAACACCAGGAAUGUUUCCAAGACCGUACGGUUUUCCAGAGCAGGCACGCGGUGGUGGUGGUGGCGGUGGCGGUGGCGGUGGCGGUGGCGGUGGCGGUGGCGGCGGCGGUAGCGGUGGCUAUCCCCCGAAUAUGAAUCAAACGACGAAUUAUUCUCAGAGUGCAGGCCAACCGGGAAAUUUUUCUUCGUCUAUGCCGCCGCAACAGCAAACCUCGAAUGUUCCGAUAAGCGAUUAUUCCGCUUACGGUACUAAUCAGUCGCAGAAUUAUUCAGCCACCAGCAGCGGUGAAGCUAACAAUCAGAUGUACGGGCGUUCGGAUAAUCUGCAAAUGCAGAAUCCAGGCCUCGGAUAUCAGGGGGGAAAUGAGCAACAAAAUUCAAGCAAUACCGCCGUUCAAAGUCAACCGAGCAAUUACAUGACGAAUCAAACCCCCCAAAAUUCUGCGACGUCUACUGGCAGUCAAAGUCGUGAAUUUACCCAGAAUCAAUCCACCCCCGGGACAAUGAUGGCUCACGGAUAUUCAUCGAACCCGCAAAAUCCAGCCAUGCCGAUGCAGAAUCAACAACAAUCUAUUCCGGGCUAUUCCGGUAAUCCGGGCACAACGAAUGCUUCGCCCCAGACUUCAGCCCACAGUUAUUCAGCUAAUCAUCAGGCGGCGGGUGGUGGCACGAUACCGGCCAAUAAUCAGUCCGGUGGAUAUGUUGCUAACGCGCCUGCUCCGGGAGCCAUACCGGGACAGAGCCAUCCGGUACGCGGCUACUUGGCCAAUCAACAGAAUCAAAACAAUCCACCUUCCGGUCCUGCAGCAGGAUACGGUGCGAGUCAACCUGUAGCACCUGGUACUUUGUCUCAACAGCCGCAUGGCUACUCCAGUGAUCGGCAGGGCCCGACUCCACCGACGCAAAACACGAUUCUCGGUUAUACGGGAAAUCAUCUUAGACCAGCCGGCCCGCAGUCGUCGAAUCAACAAACCGCGGGAUACUCGGCUACUCCCACGAAUCAGCCGGCAAACUCGUCUAGCAAUUAUUCCUCCAACCAACAACAACCAUCCUCGCAGCCACAGUCGCACAGAUACGGCCCCAACAAGCCGGCACAAACUCCAGCAGCAGCGGUAACAGCAGCAGUAGCCAUGCCGCAAAACCAACCGAUGAGUUAUAAUAAUUCACCGAACCCAACACCGGGUAUGAAUUCUGGAGAACAAAUGCAGAAUUAUUCAUCGACUCCUGGCGGAGCGAAUCAUGAAUAUUCGAUCGAACGUCAAGGAGCAAAUCCAACACCGAAUCCUAGCGCUAAUUACAUACAGAAUUCGCACUCGACCAAUCAACCGCAUGCCCAGCUUGGAGGUUACACGCCCGAAGGCACCAACGGUUCGAAUCCAUCGGGACAGUACAACAAAAAUCCUGAUGAUCCCUACUGGCAACGUAAUUAUGCGCAACCCGCUCGUCAAGAACACUCCAAUCAAGAUCAGUACUUCCGUGAACCCACUUCCAAUCGUUAUACAAACAAUUAUUAUACCGAUCAGAAUUACGGGAAUCAAGGCUCUUACGAAGCUUUCGGUGGUCCCCAAAAUUCCGAAGAUACCAAAAAUUCACCAGCUAAUGUUAUGUCUCGAGGACAAACCCAAGCACUUUAUGACAAAAACACCAAAGAUCCGACUUCGGGUAUCCCCAAUCAAAGUUUGUCUCAAAACAAUCCAACCACCGUCACGGGUUACAACGGUAACAACGAGUCACAGUGCACCAAUAUGCCAAGGCCACAGCAAACCGUUGCUUCGUGUGCGAUAAAUAAUUCGAAAAUCGGACAAAUCGAUGUUAUUAAAGAAGACGAGAAAGAAGAAGUUAUGGAAAAAGACAAAGAAGAAAAAUCGGACGAUGAAAUUAUGGCCAAAGACGAAGAGAAGGAUUUCAAGUACUCGCCAGGAUCGAAGGAGGAGCCUGGUAUACCGUACGAUUGGGCGACCGAUCUAAUGAAGGGCUAUGUACCGGGACUGAUAGACGCGUCAGCGAAAAUGACGUUAUUUUUUUGCAUAUUGGAGGAAGCCGUACGUCUGGGUGAUCGUGUCCUCGCAUUCUCUCAAUCACUGUUCACGUUGAAUCUCAUCGAGGAUUUUCUAGCUAGAAACAAUUUGAAGUAUCCGGACGGUCGGACGGAAAGUUGGGUGAAAAAUGUAAAUUAUUAUAGAUUAGACGGCAGUACGAGCGCGUUGGAACGAGAAAAAUUGAUAAACGAGUUCAAUAGCAAUCCAAAGAUACAUUUGUUUUUGGUGUCAACAAGAGCGGGUUCGUUGGGUAUCAAUUUGGUUGGUGCUAAUCGUGCUAUAGUUUUUGAUGCGUCGUGGAAUCCCUGCCAUGACACACAGGCGGUAUGUCGUGUCUAUAGAUACGGACAACAAAAACCGUGCUUCGUAUAUCGUCUCGUAACUGACAAUUGCCUCGAGAGAAAGAUUUAUGAUAGGCAAAUAAGUAAACAGGGAAUGGCGGAUCGUGUCGUUGAUCAAUGCAAUCCGGAUGCUCACCUUUCCCUCAAAGAAGCUACCACUCUAUCUUGGGACUGGGAGGAGGAUAGCCAAGUACAAGAUUUCUCCCAGACGAAGGACAAUUAUUCUGACGAAGUGAUGCACGUCGUUUUAGAAAGACAUUCGUCCUUAUUGACCAAGCAACCCUUUCACCAUGAGAGUCUUCUCGUCGAUCGUAAAGACAAGAAACUCAGUCAAGCUGAAAAACGUUUGGCUAGACGGGGUUACGAACUCGAGAAAAUGGCCGCCAAUUCCUCAAGACCGAGUUACAGUUACGUUCCUGGAAAUACAGCUACCCGAGCCGGUGGACUACAGAUCCGAGCGAUUAGGGGUGGGGAUGGUGGAACGACUCAAAAACCAGUAGCGUCGGUGCGCCCGAUGCAGCAACGAGGAGCUGAAAAUUUGAAUAAUCGUGGAAUCGUCGGAAGUCGAUGGAUCCCGGCAGAAGUUUGGCAAAGACAAGGCAUGAGUGCUCAAGAAAUGACUCUUCCACUGGAUGUUGUUAUACCGACUAAUUCUCCUGAUAAGGGCAGCAUUGUACUCAAAGCUGGUCAACGAGUGAUGGUGCUCAAGAGUCCAAAAGGAAUUUACAUGCAGCUCGAAUCCGGCAAAAUAAUAGCUAUACGAACCGCCCUCAAGUUGAAUCAACAGAAACGCGAAGAGGAACCGAAAAAAGGAGUUUCGGCGGCAACACAGCGAACGACAAAGCCCGAAGUGAGUUUUCCAUUACGGAAUAAUUCGGCAAUAUCGAUAAUUCCGAAAGCGACAUCGGUGACAUCGCCAGGUGGUACGAGGCCAUUGUCGAGGCCAGGAAGUGUUCCGGCGAAACCAUUUGUGGAUAAAGAAAUAGGAAAAACUUCAAAGCCCGUAGCGACGGGGGCGGCGAAGCCGCGUAUCAGUAAUAUAACGACACUUACGAAUCAGGUUUCGUUGCAGCGAAUCGGUAAAAUGAAACAGGAGCAUCAGCAGCAGCAACAGCAACAACAGCAGCAGCUACAGCAGCUACAGCAGCAACAGCAACAUCAGAACCAGCAGCAGCAACAACAGCAGCAGCAGCAGCAGCAGUUGGACCAUUCGUCGGUUGGUGAAAAUUCAAAUUCGUCAGACAGCCAAAUGAGAACGGAUCAGCGGGUCGAGGAAGUUCGUCUCGAGGACGUUGUUGCCGAGGCAAGUUCCAAUCCAGAGUACAGUCCUACAAACUCUAAUCGUGAUUCGAAUAAUGAAGUCGAUAAUUCGGUGCAGAAGCAUGACGAUGAUAAAUCCCGAGUCUACAAUCCCGACGUAACGGGGAACACUCAGAUGGUACAUCGUAACGAGGCUAAUGUGGAAAAUUCCUUAAAGCUCGAUGGUAACAGCGUCGUUGGGAAAAACGACACUAAGGAAAGUACGAAAUCCGUUAAUUUGAUAAAUUACGGUCAUAACUUUGGGAGCCAAACGGAGAAACGUGAUGGCCGGGGUGACGAGAUUGUUAUAAAGGAUGGUGGUGCGUCGUCGGGAUCGCUGAAAAUGUCCUCUGUUCCAGAGUCGGUAUCCAUGAUGCAGCAACAUCACCAACAACCACAUCACCACCAACAACACCAACACCACCAGCACCACUUACACCACCACCACCACCACCACCACCACCAACAACAGCAGCAACAACAGCAGCAACAACAACAACAACAGCCGCAACAACAACAACAACAACAACAACAACAACAACAACAACAACAACAACAACAACAACAACAACAGCAGCAGCAGCAGCAGCAGCAGCAACAACAACAACAACAACAACAACAUCAACAACAGACGCAGUCGCAACAGUUACACUUGCAUCAACCACAGCCUUUACAAUCAAAUGCUCACAGAUCCGGAGAGUUGGCAAAAAAUAUAGUUGAUUCUCCGCAUCCGAUCAAUAGCGCAGCACCUUCCGUUCCAACAAAUCCCGUUACCGCAAAAGAACGAGAGGCACCACGAGUACAAGAAUUGCCACAGGGUGAUCCUCAUGCUCUUCCACAGGGUUAUCCAUACGCUCAGUAUCCGAGGUAUUACGAUUACGCGGAUCCGCGAGCAAGAACUUUGCCGAGUCCGUAUGGAACGUAUUUUCCUGGUGUUGCCCCACACCCCCCAAAUCCGCCACGAGUUGAUACUGUCAAAACUGGCGCACAAACUGAACUCAAUGCGAAAGGCAUUGACGAAAGAACAUUAUUACCCGGGGCAUCCGCUGGUUAUUCGCAGCUAACGGGACCAUCUAUCAAAUCAUCCAUCGAAUCAAACGAAACCAAGAACACGGAUGGGGGAGUGUCAACGCCCGGUUUAGCAGCGGCAGCAGCGGCUAAUUCAACCAGGGACGACGGUCACGUUCCUACUGCAUUUAGUCAUCCCGCUAGUAGCCGGUACCCCGGGCCUUAUCCACCCGCACCUUACGAUCCGUACACGCAGCAUUAUCCACCCGCUCCGGGUUCCUCCGCGGCUUAUCCACCGAGUGGAGCCCCUGGCUACGCACCUUAUGGGGGACCGACUUACAACACGGACUACGCGCGAAUGUACUCGGCCUUCCAUGGACCACCUCCGGCAGCUGAUCCUUACAUACAUCGUGGUUACGCACCACCUUCGACGCAUCCGACAAAUUACUAUCCUCCGUUUCCUCAUCCCCCACCGCCCCCUUACCCAAAUUAUACCUUUUUGCCGCCGUAUACAAAUCCAAACAUACCCGGUGAACCGCAGCCUCCGACACAGUAAAUCGGACGAAGAAAAUUACGACGUAUAAAGAAAAAAAAAUGAAAUGACGAAGGAAUCGCUGAUGAUCGAAUGGGAUGCCGUCGUGGUGUAACCAACGAUGCAAACGUGCCCCAUCGAAUCUUGUAUGUAAGUGAAAGAAACUGACGAGACGAGCAACAAAUGAAAAAUCUCGAUGAACUAUAAAUUAUGAAACACAUUUGUUGUUAAUAAUUUUUAAGAGAUUACGACGACGAGAGGUGGCUAUAUGCGAGUUAUUUGCAUAGCCACUUCAAUACUUUCGCUCGAUUACUUGAAGGGAAUCGAAAAAAAAAAUCGAAAAAAAAGUUCACUGAUUGUUCCGAACUGUGCAAUGUGUCGAGAUGUUAAUACGAACACUUACGCGGCAAAUACCGUUCGGCUUUGCAUGUGCGUACGUCUUGACUAUAUACAACUUAACGAUUAUUAUAAUUAUUAUCAUCAAUAUGAUUAUUACUAUCAUUAUUAUGAUUACUUUUCUUAUUAGAAAAAUUGAAGAAAAAUGAGAAGGCAAUUGGUUGCAAGAGAACAAACAAGUUUGGCACAAAUUAUUCGGUGUUUUUACUUCAUAACUUUUGUCUCUCGGUUCGUCUAUUCAUUUAUAUUGAUAUAUAUUUGUGUUCGAUUUUUCCAUGCGUUUCGCCGCAUUCGGAGAGCAUAAAAUUCGAAAUUUUAUAACUCUAUAUUAUUAUAUCCAGUGUCACCAGUAUAAAUUUUUUGGGCGUGCCGCAUGGUUGACGAGAAAAAUUUAGCUAACAUCCGAUACUAAAAACAUUUUCUCGUAUAUGAAAAUGGGUAAUACCGUAUAUUGAGAAUGAUAUCGUAAAAACUUCACACUUACACACCGCACAAGUACAUGACAUGGGUCGUCAUUUUUUAUACAUUUAUGGUAGAUAUUUUAAGUGAAAAGUUGUUCAACCCGAUAAUUCGACCAAUUCAAAACGAUUAUUUAUUUGCGAUGCACCGUGAGAGGAUUGGGCCCAACGAAUUCCUGCUGCGAUCAGCGAUUCGAAGUUCCUUCCAUUUUAUAUCUUUUUCUUUUGCUGAUUUGAAUUUUUGUUCUCAAUGUAAUUUGUGUUGAAGGUGCUUGGCUUUUGAUCGUUGAAAAAAGUAUUAUAUUUUCUAAUUAAUAAAAUUAAAUAAAUUGUUUCAUAAAUCCUUAGGCAUGGACUUGCCACGUCAUUUUCCACUGACUAAAAAGUUUUUAAUUCUUAUCCAAAUCAAGGAAAUUGCAUUCUCACCGAGCAACAAUGAUCGUGCUCGGAUUGGUUUUUGAGCAAUGAAACUUUAUUUUUAUUACGUCUCAUUACUACAAUGAUCGAAAGCAGUUAUUAUUUUGUUUAUUAAUUAUUUUUUUAUUAUCACUUUUUUUUCAUAUUGAGCCAAAAUUUGAUCAGCAUUAAUUAACUUUACUUUAUUUUUGUAAAACACAUUUCAAACGAUCUCGCUUGCAUUCGUAUAUUUGUAGUGCAAUAAUAUAUUAUAUAUACGUAUAAAGAACAUUAGAGCAAGAUCAUUUGAUUUAAAAUAGGGCCCGGAACAUAUCCUUCCUAAAGGGCAAAGAGAAUGUGUGGCUGAUGAAUAACAUUUUUUUUUUUUUUAUCGAAAGAAGAUCGACUUGGUAUUGCCGCAUCAAGGCUGCUCGUGACAAUCCCUCUCACUGUGAAAUACGUCGGUAGUAAGAUAAUUAUGAUUUUGUACAGCACAACGUAGUUGAGAAUCUCCAAGAUUUGAUCUCGGAAUAUUUGCAAAUUUUUUCAAACAAAACGUUGUAAUAAAUGGCAAUCGCAGAUAUGAAAAACAAUUGGCGAAAAAUUGUACGCGAGCUGGAUUUUUCAUGAUAAUUGGUCGAUUUACCGCGUUAUUUAAUAUCCUGGUUUAUUGAGCUUCUCGCCGUGUCGUCGCAAUGAAUUAUCGAAUCGGUAUACAAUAUGAAAAAAGUCUAUAGUCGAUCGAGUGGCAUUAACGACUUUUUACACGCAUUAUUCGUACAGUAUUCACUCGAAACAUUUAGCAGCCAGUUUACAGCAUCCUUAGCAAGUUGUAUAUGACUACGUAUUAUCUAUAUCUAUUAAACGUUGCGAUUUCUCAAAUGAAAAAGUAAAAAUGACAUGAAAGAAAAGAAUAAGUUGGAAUAACGAAUGAAUAGAAUAUUGAUAAAUAGUUAAUCUUACAUUAGGAGCGUAGGAUUGUUGUUAACUAGGAAUGUCUCGUCAAUUUAAUAUAUUAAUUAUCAACGAGACACGUAGAUAACGAAAUGGGGGGAGGGGGAGUGCUUCGAUAACCAAUUCGCGGUGUGGUUCUUCAUGAUCAGUACUGUGAUACUUCGUCAUAGUCUCGUGAAUUCCUGUUAGAAAGUUGAAAACAGUAAAGAAAUCCCAUGUAAACACAUAUUUUUUUGCUUUCAUAUGUUAAAACAAAAAUCAUUACUCGAAUCAGUUUUUUGUCUUUCACGCAACUGAUCAAUUUUGUCAUUUUUUUUUUUUUUUUACGUUUAUUCUCAUAACAGUAUUUUUCUUUCAAAAACCAAUUAUAUCAUAAAAAAAAUGAUUUAGCAAGUGAUGAAAAGAAUAUUGUAUAUGAAAUUCAAAUUCUGGUAGUGGAAAAUGAUGAGGGGCAUGGUUCCGAGAUGUUUGAUAAUUUUUUCGAAAUUCUAAUGCUGAGCCUGCGCAAUUCCAUCUUGGCUCUCCCCGAGAUUAUUAUAGACGAAUUAUAAUACAGCAUCCGUGAGGAAAAAAAUAAGAGAAAGCAUUUACAAAGAAACGAGUUUAAUUCAACAUUCGCGCUGAGUAAUAUGCUCCACUCGGGUAAAGACUCUCUGGCAGCGACUCGUCAUAACAUAAAUGUACUUGUCUCAGAGUCGCUGCCGCGACUCUAGAUAAUAAUGCGCGCGAUCGUACUACGGCUUUUUGGUGAGAUCGUCUCGUGAGAAACAAGAAAAAAUGACACGAAUGAUGUCUCGAUUACUUCGAUUCAUAUAUUGUUGUAAAACGAGAGAACGAUUCUUAUAGAUUCUAAGUGUACAGGUAUUAGAGGACGAUGAUAUAUAGUGUUUAACGAGACAUCGGUUUCUUUGAUUUUCUUAUCGACGACGAUCCAGCCAAAGAAAAGCAUAGCCCUCGACGAGGCGUAUAAGUACAUCUAUAUAUAAAUAUAUAUAUAUCGCUCGAGAUACAUGGAAAUACUUUGUCUUUGUUAAAGCCUUUUUUUGCCAUUUACAUAUUUGUAAAUACCCAUUAUUUACAUUUCAUACUUAAUUUAUUACGAUACAUUAACGAUAGCAAACGGCUUCUUAUGUCGUGUAGUAUCGUUUUAAUGUAAAAUUAAUUGUUCACAUCGACGAUAUCGUUUUUUUAAAUCAUAUUAUUGUUAUACAGAGAAAUCAAAGCUCAUAUAUAUUCUUGUUUCUAUAAGUCUUGUUUACUGCCUCUCACCUUAUGUCUGACCCUGCGCAGUCGCAAAAGGACCGAGUCGUUUUGCAACGCGAAUAAAUAAAAGAAAAGAAAAAAAUACGGACGAAAAGAAAAAAAAUAAAUAUUAAUUAAAACAAAAAAUUAAUUAAUUAAAUUGUGCAUGUAAAUGCUUAGUUUAAGAAAUUGUCAAUGGAUGUCAAGACCAUAGGGCUGUAAUUAAACGGGACUUCCCAACUACAAGAUUUUGAAAAA